AUGUGUCAUGGUGAGGGUGAGCUUCAGACAUAUAAAAAGUGAAUCUUAUCGUAGAGAUAGUAGCCUCCCACUGGAUCAAUGCUACGGUGAAACACGAACUUGACGAGGUCGCCAACUUCAAAACUAAAAAAGUUGUUUAUUUCUGAAUUCAAAAGAACAUUUAAAAAAAUAGGAUCGUUCUAAGUGGUAACCAUGACGACAAGGGCGAUAACGCUUCUUCUGGCGACGCUGGCGGCUGCUGUUCCUGGAAUUUUUUCACAAACUAAAUGUUUAGGUAAUCUUGACAUUAUCUUCGCUGUGGAUGGAUCUAACAGUAUGGGGGAGGACAACUUCAACUUGCAGAAAACCUCUUUGGUCAACUUGGUCAACAAACUUGCGGUCAGUAGGGAUGAGAUCCACGUCGGCGUCAUUCCCUUCAGCAGCAGUGUAGCGGCCAACCAGGUGAUUCAGCUGACCGGAAACAAGACAUCGCUGCUUGAAACCCUAAAUAAACUGGAGUAUCCAGAUGAACAGACGAGGACUGACCUGGCCAUUGAUGAGGCUGUGGCGAUGUUUAGGAGGUACAGCCGUGGAGGAUCUGUGCCCAAGCUUCUCAUGAUCAUCACAGACGGAGCAUCCACAAGUCCCAGCAAAACUGUCACAUCUUCCAACAUCGCCAAAGCUGACAACAUCACAAUUUACGCUCUCGGGGUCACCAAGCAGGUCGAUGUUGCUGAGCUUCAGAAUUUGGCUUCCAAACCUGAUAAGGUGCUUCUGACACCAGACUUCAGGACACUGGAAGAGAGCUUAUUAAAUGCCACCAACAAAGCUUGCGUUGACCUGAAAUGCGUUGACUCCCAUAUUGACCUCGUAUUCGUCCUUGACACGUCCUCCAGAGUUGACUUGGAGACUUUUAGAGAGAUGAUCAACUUCGUCAAAGACUUUCUCGCCUUCGCCUUCGUCGACAAUGGGAAUUUCCGCGUGGGGGUGAUGACCUACAGCGACUCGGCCAACGUUUUAUUUCAGAUGACCACAUUUGACAGGAGCAAGCAGAGCAUGAUGGACGCCCUUAGCGCCCUGCAGUACACACCCAGAGCAGGGAGCAACUUAGCGGGCGCCAUGACGCUGCUGAAAGAGAUGUUCACGACCAGAAAUGGCGAUAGGAUAGAGGCGCCAAAUGUCGUUAUUUUGCUCAGCGCCACCUACUCCAAUAUUAAUCAAGGCUCAACAAUUAGAGAGGCAGAAUCAGUCAGGGCGCAAAGUAUACAAAUAUUUACUGUAGGUAUUGGAAUCAACACUGCCAUAGAGUUGGACGGUGUAGCCAGCAAGCCGUUGGUAAAUAAUUCCUUCGCACUGUCCAGUUUCUAUCAAUUGAGACCAGUCAUCGAGAGGGUAUAUAACAGUUUCAAUAAAUUUUGCGAAAGCCCACCUCCAGUUCCAGGUUGCUACAUGGGCUACAGUGACCUAUGGCUAGUCUUGGACGUGUCUAGUGUCUCGGAAGGUAUGGCCCGCACUGACUAUACUGGUGACUUCGCCAAGCUGAAGAAUGGAGUCGGGAAAAUGAUGGAGAUUAUCUUGGACCCUAGCGUACAGAACACAGAUAUCCACACAGGUCUGGUGACUUUUAGUGACUAUGCCAGGACUCUUGUUGACAUCAGCACUCCUAAUUCAGCGAUACAGGCCCAGAAUUAUGUGAACACCCUCCCCAACGGAAUACAGCAGAGUGGCGCCUCGCUGGUGGCGGCACUUAGACUCAUCACCACCAGGGCCCGUGAUCAGAACUAUAAGAGCUAUGUGGCUAUUGUCGCCCCUGAAACCACCUACCAGAAUGACCUUGCCAACAUUCAGAAUGAGUUCAACAGGUUGAAGGCUUUGGGCUACACCAUCGUCCCUUUCGUUGUCCUCAACAACAGAAAUCUCAACUUGAUGAGCCUCCAGCAGCAGGCCAGCGGCUACAACUACCUCUACAGCAUUACUGGCUACAAUGAACUGGAAGCAGCUACCAAGAACUUCACCAGGGACCGUCUCUGUUACGGCUAUGUCGCCCCAACACCUUCACCAUCUGGCGGACUCUGUGACAACAGCGGCCACAGACAGAAUGGAAUGGACGUGGUGCCACAUCCCAGCGACUGCGACAAAUACAUCCAGUGCUACUACAACAACAUUACCAUGCUGGACAUUGGCGUGGUCAGAAACUGUCCAAUGGGCCUCCACUGGAAUCAACCAAGCAAGACAUGCCUUAAUACUACUCAAGUCAGGUGCACAAAAGAUCGCUGCAGAGAGGACUGUGAACCAUUUAAAAUGGAAGGGGCUUGUGGUGCCUUCUGGGAUUGUGAAAACGGCGUCUCUGUUCCCAAGUGUUGCCCACCGUCAUUCGCUUUUGUUUCCGGUGUCGGCUGCCAGCUAGACUUCAGAUGUAAAGACAUGUGCCAGGCGGAGAAAUGGUGUGGUCUGUGUCAGAAAAAGCCCAACUGGUUGGUAGCCUCAGGGUACGAUGUUCAACUCGCUAAUGGAGUUUUGGGUUGGUUACCAAGACCUUGCUUCUAUGAAGACUUUGAUGUGGUCGACUGUGACUGUUCCGCCCCUAGAAACCAAGUGUGCCCAGCUGAUCGUGAGUACUUCUUCAAUGACACUAUGACGGCUAUGUCAGUGAUGGACAAUUCUCGGGAUGGCAUCCGUGUCUCCUCUGUCUCUAACAACGGAAUGGCCCUGGCUCUGAACGCCAAGAGUGUCAUCCACGUGGAUAUGAACAGAAUGGACUACCCUGGAUCUUAUGUAAUAGAGUUUGUUUACAAAGAAAAUGGCGCCCUGAGCCCCUACAGCGAGACACUGUUCAGUUCUGGUGUUUCCUGCAACCAUGUCAACUCCCUUCUGGUCAGCGCCAAUGAUCAGUUUGUGUUCGCAGAGCUCAGGUCAUCUGAAGGUCGUCAGGCAGAGGUCAAGGUCCCAACAACGGGUCUGAGCGUCAAUGAGUUUAAACUGUUGACCUUAGAGUACAACGACGGAGUUCUCUCAUUGUCUGUAAAAGGAAGCAAACAACAGUACAUCGCACAGACAUCAGCUCCAGCAUUGGCGUGUCUCUCCUGCGGCAUUGACAUUGGUGCAGGAGUUAUAAAGAACAGCUUCCGGGGUGAAGUUCAAAAGCUUGCAAUCCGAUCCUGCAGUUUGCCGAAGCUCUAUUAAAACGUUGUGUUGAUUAUUGGGUCAUCGGAUGUAGCUAUUCAUAACAUUGUACUAAAACUUUUUCUGCUAGUUUCAAUAACAUGAACAUUUGACCAAUAGUUUGUCUGGUUCAUGUUGUAGACAUUCUCUGAAGUCUUGUGGACUUUGUUAUGGACAUUCUCUCAGUUCUUGUAGUAAGUGCUAUGGACAUUCGCCUACGUCUUAUAGCCUAGUCUGUUCCUUAACUCUGAACUUGUUUACAUUUUAACGUAGCUAGAUUUGUAGCUGAAACAACAUUCAUGUCAAAAUAAGAAACAAAUCAAAACAAAUUUUAUUAGAUCUUUUUUUUUUUUUUAAAAUUCAGACAACUGAAUAGCAGAGAGACUCUUUAUCAUUUUUGUUUAUUAUACUUUAUUAUGUGUUUUAAUUCAGCUGUAUGUUAGUCUACAUAAUUGUUAAACAAUGUUUGAUUAGAGUAUUUAUGUUGAAUAAUUUUUAAUUUUUUUUUUUUGCCUUCAUGUAUAUCAUUUAUUUAGAUAUAGCUCACUGGCCUAUGUAAGUUUAUUUGAGAUGUUAUUACACAUUUCCUAUAAUGUUCAUUCGAUUGUCCUGAUUAGAGGGUUGGUUAUUUAUAUAGGAAAUUAUUUUUUUUAAUUAUGUAUAUGUAUUUGAAAAAGAAGAAGUAAAAAGUAAAAUAUUGUACUACUUUU